CACAGCUCCCAUCCCUGAGGCUCGCAGAUGCUGAGGAUGGAGGGAGGCAGCGCGGCGGCGGGCACAGCGCGGGCUGAAGGCGGCGAUGCCCAGGAGGCCGUGGCCAUGGCGCUGGACGGGAUCCGCAUGCCGGACGGCUGCUACGCGGAUGGGACGUGGGAGCUGAGCGUCCAUGUCACCGACCUGGGCCGCGAUGUCACCCUGCGGGUCACCGGCGAGAUCCACAUCGGCGGCGUCAUGCUGCGCCUCGUCGAGAAGCUGGAUGUCAAGAAGGACUGGUCGGACCACGCGCUGUGGUGGGAGAAGAAGAAGACGUGGCUCCUGAAAACUCACUGGACGCUGGACAAGUACGGGAUCCAGGCUGACGCCAAGCUGCAGUUCACGCCGCAGCACAAGCUGCUCCGCCUGCAGCUGCCCAACAUGAAGUACGUGAAGGUGAAGGUCAACUUCUCGGACAGGGUCUUCAAGGCGGUUUCCGACAUCUGCAAAACCUUCAACAUCAGGCAUCCAGAAGAGCUCUCCCUUUUGAGGAAACCCAGAGAUCCAUCAAAGAAAAAAAAGAAGAAGCUGGACGAUCAAUAUGAAGAUGAAGCCUUUGAGCUGGAGGGCCCGCUAAUCACGCCGGGGUCGGGCACCGAUAUUCUUUACAUCGGCCCCGUCAAAGGAAACAUAUAUUCGAGCCCGGGACUGUACAGCAAAACCAUGACGCCAACCUACGACGCUCACGACGGCAGCCCCCUGUCACCCACGUCCGCCUGGUUCGGUGACAGCGCCUUGUCGGAGGGGAACCCGGGCAUCCUGGCCGUCAGCCAGCCCGUCACCUCCCCAGAGUCCCUCGCAAAAAUGUACAAGCCACAGGCGCUCCUCGAUAAAGCCAAAAUCAACCAAGGAUGGCUGGAUUCGUCCCGAUCUCUUAUGGAGCAAGAGGUGAAAGAAAACGAAGCUUUGCUGCUCCGGUUCAAGUACUACAGCUUUUUUGACCUGAAUCCAAAGUACGACGCCAUCAGGAUCAACCAGCUGUACGAGCAGUCCAAGUGGGCCAUUCUGCUGGAGGAGAUCGAGUGCACGGAGGAGGAGAUGAUGAUGUUCGCGGCGCUGCAGUACCACAUCAACAAGCUGUCCAUCAUGUCGUCGGAAAACCACCUGAACAACAGCGACAAGGAGGUGGAUGAGGUGGAUGCUGCGCUCUCCGACCUAGAAAUUACUUUGGAAGGUGGCAAAACGUCAACGAUUCUGGGUGACAUCACUUCCAUCCCGGAGCUCGCCGACUACAUUAAAGUCUUCAAGCCCAAGAAGCUGACACUGAAAGGUUACAAGCCAUAUUGGUGCACCUUCAAAGAUACCUCCAUCUCCUGCUACAAGAGCAAAGAGGAAGCCAACGGGACACCUGCCCACCAGAUGAACUUGAGAGGAUGUGAAGUCACCCCCGACGUGAACAUCUCCGGGCAGAAGUUCAACAUCAAACUCCUGAUCCCCGUUGCGGAGGGGAUGAACGAAAUCUGGCUUCGCUGCGACAACGAGAGGCAGUACGCCAGCUGGAUGGCCGCCUGCCGCCUGGCCUCCAAGGGCAAGACGAUGGCGGACAGCUCGUACAGCAUGGAGGUGCAGAACAUCCUCUCCUUCCUGAAGAUGCAGCACCUCAACCCGGACCCGCAGCUGAUCCCGGAGCAGAUCACGACCGACAUCAACCCCGAGUGCUUGGUGUCCCCUCGCUACCUGAAGAAAUACAAGAACAAGCAGCCAGGCUAUGUAAGAGACUUGAUCACAGCCCGGAUCCUGGAGGCCCACCAGAACGUCGCCCAGAUGAGCCUCAUCGAGGCGAAGAUGCGGUUUAUCCAAGCGUGGCAAUCGCUGCCCGAGUUUGGCAUCACGCACUUCAUCGCGAGGUUCCAGGGGGGCAAGAAGGAGGAGCUGAUCGGCAUCGCCUACAACCGGCUGAUUCGGAUGGACGCCAGCACGGGCGACGCCGUCAAAACGUGGCGAUUCAGCAACAUGAAGCAGUGGAACGUCAACUGGGAGAUCAAAAUGGUGACGGUGGAGUUUGCAGACGACGUGCGGGUGUCCUUCAUCUGCACGGAGGUGGAUUGCAAGGUGGUGCACGAGUUCAUCGGCGGCUACAUCUUCUUGUCGACGCGAGCCAAGGACCAGAACGAGAGCUUAGACGAGGAGAUGUUCUACAAACUGACCAGCGGCUGGGUGUGAGGCCCAGGUACUGUACGCCGAGAGGAAACCCCCCGUGGCCAUAUUAAUAUUUAACUUUAAGAAGCUGUUAUUUGAAAUAUGCUGCUUAAUAAAGUAAGCUUGAAAUGUAUCUUUUUUUUUUUUUUAAUCAUGAAAAUUUUUGCAUUACCAGACCAGUUAAUCUGUGUGCACUAAUGAGCACUUCUGUUAAUUUGCUAUAACGAGACCGUGCCUGGGCCAGGUGAUGCUGCCUGCCCCCUUUACCUACCGAACGUGCCGGCAGAUCGGGAUCAGAUUUGACUGACCUUAAAUAGCCAAAUUCCUAAGAGAACUCUAAGCCAUCUUCUUUAAAAGCCAUCCAGGGCUUUAAUUAUAUGAAGUCUAUUUAUCAUGUUUAAUGCAUGAGUGUUUUAUUUCUUUUUUUUUUUUUUCGUGUUCUUGUUUUUUUUUGUUUGUUUUUUUUUUAAUUCUGUAAAUUUGACCUGUUCGGAAGUUGUCCUACCCAUAAGUAGAAUUUCGAUCUCUCUCCUUUCACACUACAUGCACCAGGACUGCUGCAGGUGCCUGACAUUAUUUUGGAGAUAGCUGCGUGUGGCCUUGAAGACGACCUCCUGUUAGUCUGUUAUAGCUUGGUUUAUUUGUUAACUUUCCUUUUGAUAAUCAUUUAUAUUGUCUCUUUUUUUUUUUUUAUUUUUACACCAUAUUGUAUUAUGACACUUUUAGUAUUCACCAGCAUAGCCACUGUUCUGCCUAUGAUAUGCAAACUUUUUCAUUACAAUAUGAAGUAAAGGUCUAUGAAGUAUAGAUUUUGUGUAACUAAUGUAAAAACACAAAUUUUAUAAAAUUGUACAGUUUUGUUUUU